CUCCCAAGCCAAGCCCCACCUGUCACUCAAGAGGCCCCGCCUCGUCUCCGCUCUGCUCCCUCCCCAGGCCACUGAAAAGCCCGCCCAGAAGAUGGAGCCUGCCCGUAAGAAGCCUCCGAUCGAAAGAGGGAGAUAAUCAAGCCAAGGUAACUAGGAGCAACAGAGGGCGCCACCACCCGGGACAUGAGGACGGCCUGCCAGGCACUGGGUACAGCCUGGGCAAAGGCCUAGAGGCCGGAGAUGGAAUGCCAGUCUGCCCUCCAGGGUCAGCGGAAGAAGGGAGAGGAGGUGAAAACAGCCUGGAGACCCCCAGGGGCCCUGACAGACAGUUCUGUGAGCUGGUGGUGUCCCCAAAAAUGCCAGAGCUGGCAAGGAGAGCUUGGGAGAAUGACCGCCCUGCUCGGAGCCAAGAGCCCCCUGAGGAGGGUGGCCAUCUUUGGGGGCACCCACGGGAACGAGCUCUCUGGGGUGCUUCUGGUCAAACACUGGGAAGAAGAUGGAGCCGAGGUGCAGAGGACAGGUCUGCAGGUGAAGCCCUUUAUCGCCAACCCUCGGGCAGUGCAGAAGGGCUCCCGGUACAUCGACUGUGACCUGAACCGAGUCUUUGACCCUGCCCAUCUAGGCGAGGAAAUGCCAGAGAACUCGCCUUACGAAGUCGUCCGGGCCCAGGAAAUACACCGUUUGUUUGGCCCCAAAGGGGGCAAAGAUGCCUACGAUGUGAUUCUUGACCUCCACAACACCACGGCCAACAUGGGCUGCACUCUCAUUCUCGAGACCUCCAAGAAUGACUUGUUAAUCCAGAUGUUUCAUUACAUUAAGAGUUGCCUGGCUCCACGGCCCUGCUUUGUGUAUCUCAUCGACCGCCCUUCUCUGAAGUACGCCACCACACGCUCUGUGGCCAAGCAUCCCGUGGGUGUAGAGGUCGGUCCCCAGCCUCAGGGGGUUCUCAGAGCAGAUAUUCUUGAUCAGAUGAGGAGGAUAGUAGGGCAUGCCCUGGAUUUCAUCCAGUAUUUCAAUGAGGGAAGAGAAUUCCCUGCCUGUUCACUGGAGGUUUACCGGGUCAUGGAGAAAGUUGACUAUCCUCGUAAGGAGAAUGGGGAGAUUGCUGCUGUGAUCCACCCCAGCCUGCAGGAUCAAGACUGGAAGCCGCUGAACCCUGGGGACCCCGUGUUUCUCACGCUGGAUGGGAAGACCAUUCCAUUUGAUGGAGACAGCACGGUCUACCCCGUGUUUGUGAAUGAGGCCGCCUACUAUGAGAAAGGAGAAGCCUUCGCCACGACUCUCAAAGUGACGCUGACAGCAAGGAGCCUCAACUCCUCAUCUCCCUAGGCGGGGUGGGAGGCUCCGGGGGGCAGGCCCCUUGAGGGCAGGCUGGUGCCUUAUUCCUCUGGGUGCCCCCGGCACCCAGCUCAGUGCCUCACAUGGAGAAGAGGCGCCGCCUUCAUUUGCUGCAGGGAGAAAAGCUGGCAGAUUGUGACCGAGGCACGCCACCUCUCUGAACCUCAGUUUCCUGGGGCAGGGAAUGUAAGGGAAGGGCUUUGCCCACUCCAGGCGAUGACCUGAGGCCUCUCCCUGCCCCUUCCUCUGUGUCUGCUGGCAGCAGACGUGAGACCUUAA